CAGUCAAAUUCAUUGACACCCUCACUGAGAUGUAAGAGUGAAGGCUCGUGUCGACCAGUGCAAAACAGUUCAAUGAGUAUUUCAAACUUCACCAGAGCUCGUUCGUCGAGCGAUGUCUCACUUAAUAUGGCUCAUUUCGAUUCUCGACAACAAUCCGCAUCACGGUCUGUCAAUGCUGCUGCAGUGUUACCUCCGUUUGAGCCAACUCAAACACCGCCACAAGCUGUCAGCGUUAACCCUCUGUUUCAUUCAUUGCAAAAACAUGGAUCGGAAGGAGCAGUGGUAUAUAUGGAACAUGCUUAUGCACAAACUCGAGAAAUGUCCUCGAAACUGAUCGAUUCCUUCAACGCACCUCCACCACCCGUACCGUUUCUGAUCUCGUCUCAGAAUCGUACUGUUGAUUCAUUAGAGUCACAGUCUAGCAGUUCGUGCGCAGCACACGACGAUCCACUGUCGUUAGUGGAAACACAACAGCAGCAAGGUGGUGGGUCAAUCGCGUCGAAUGACAGCAAUAAAGCACGUUUUCAUUUGCAUAAUUCAAGGAAUGCAAUUUUGAAGAAUCAAUCUGAAACAACGAACACUGCUGAUACAUCGCAAUCGAAUUUUGUCUCAGCGCAUUCUUUCGUUCGCGUCGAUCCGUCUCUAUCAUCAUCAUUACCACGACGUAAUGAAGAGACGUUUCCAUUAUCGAACUGGGUCAACGAUACAAAGUUGACAUCGAGCAUGCUAGCGAACAGUAGUCGACUGUGGUUGAAUGAAUACAAUCACUCAACAACUGACCAUCCUCAUAGUGCACUAACGAUUGCUGAUAAUCACCGUAUCAGUGCAAAUGAUGCGUCGAUAUUGCAGUCGUUCGAAGGAUGUUCUGCGACACGACGAGAUAUGAUACUAGCAUCAGAGCACGAUGAAAUGAAGUGUCUUCUUGAUCAAUCAAGACAUCGUGGUGAGUUGACGAUUUUGGAGAAAUAUCGAUAUGAUCUUAGUCGAGCGCAACUUAAGGCCAGCUCAAGAACAUCGGCACUUUUGGCUGGUUUUGCAAUGGUAGCCUUAGUAGAGCUGCAAUAUGAGUCCACAACACCUCCAUUUCUGCUGAUAUUGUUGGGUGUUGUGACCACUCUGCUUGUCUCAGUACAUUUACUCGCGUUGAUGAUGUCCACUUGUAUAUUACCUUACAUCGAAGCUAAUGGAUGUACACAAGACUCACCUCAUAUACGACUCAAGUUCUACAUUGAUCUGUCAUGGUUGUUCAGCACUUGUAUUGGAUUGGUAUUAUUUUUGGUUGAAAUUGGAGUCAUCUUCUUUGUGAAAUUCAACGCGGUCAAUUACGAAACUGCUGCUUAUAUUACAACCGCUAUGUUAAUACCAGUGCUGAUAAUCUUCACAGUAUUUUCGUGUUUAAUCCAUAAGAAUCGAUUUAUACAUUCAAUGGAUCGAGUGGACACGAAGGUGAACGAUCUGCAGAAAUUUUUAAACGACAACGAAUCAUCAGUAGCACUACAGAAGAUAGCAACAUCCGUGCCACGUCAUCCUAUGAUUGGUUCGGAUUUACAGGAGGUCACGGUUGUUACUUGA